UAUUUUUUCUCUAGUCUUUUCCAUCUCAGUGUGUAAAGUUCUCACUUACAUUUUGUCCUAUAACAACUGCUCCACAUCCUUCUCAAAAGAGUGGUGAUGCACUGGCACAGGCUGCCCAGGGAGGUGGUGGAGUCACGGUCCCUGGAGAUGUUCGAGAAAUGUGGAGAUGUGGCACUGAUGUUGUGGAUGGGCAUGGUGGAGUUGGGUUGAUGGUUGGACUGGAUGAUCUUGGAGGUUUUUUCCAACCUUAAUCAUUCUUUGAUUCUAUGAAAUGAAGAUGUGCUGCCUUUGUAUCUCAGAAAGCAGUGCCUUCGGUGGGUCAGCCGUAAAUCUCCUUUCCCCGCUCCCUGGGCUUAUUUUGAUUAUUAUUGUAGGUUUAGUUCAGACAGCUUUGAACAGACGCAGUCUCAGCCCUAUCUGCUGUGUUAGCCUUGGACCUUGGACCUAGAACCUAGAGAAAUAUGGACUAUUUUCAUAACAUAGCAUAUCAGACAAAAUAUAACAUUUCCCCUCUUUUAAGCCAAGCUCAUUACCCCUCGCAUCAGUGCUCACUGGCUAUUACCAGCAGUAAUUCCUGCUCUCUUAUUCCCCACUCCUCACAAAAGAAAGAUUUAAAUAUUUUCUGAAGAAAGAGGAAGACAGAAAAACUGCCACUUCUCAGCGUUUUGGGUUUUAAAUCUCUGUUUCUUCUCUUGCAAAGGACAAGAAACGAAUACUCAGCAGUUUACACGGCAACACCAAUCUUUUUUUUCUGUUUGUUUUUUGGUUUUUUUUUUUCCCUGUGACUACCAAAGGAUAUAGCCAUCAAUCCACUAUCCAUAUCUAGGACCUAAAUUAAACAACAGAAAAUGGCUCUAAAUAUACCAGGAUUGGUAUCUUUGAGUGUAUUUUUUACAUUCACUUUGGCUGCUGGAAUUUGGGCUUCGUGGAAAAGCAGAAAGGAGCAGCAGAACCAAAACCCAACUGAAAUGGCCAUCGUUGGAGGCAGGAAUAUAAAAGUUUGUGUUGGAUUGUUUACUGCAACUGCCACCUGGGUUGGAGGAGCGUACAUCAAUGGCACAGCUGAAAUCGUCUAUCUGCCUUCCAAAGGACUGCUGUGGGUCCAAGCGCCUGUGGGGUUUGCCUUGUCCCUUCUUAUUGGUGGUUUCUUCUUUGUAAAUCCAAUGAGAUCCAAGAAUUACAUGACAGUGAUGGAUCCCCUUCAGGAAGUAUACGGGAACAUGAUGGGAAGCUUACUUUUUAUUCCUCCCCUGCUCGGAGAGGUGUUCUGGUUUGCAGCUAUCCUGGCAUCUCUGGGAGCAACAAUGAGGGUCAUCUUGGAUAUCGGAGGCUCUUUAGCUAUCGCUCUCUCAGCAUGCACAGUCAUACUCUACACUCUACUGGGAGGCCUCUACUCUGUGGCAUACACAGAUGUCAUCCAGUUGGUUUUCAUCACCCUCAGCCUGUUGGUCUGUAUUCCCUUUGCCCUGAAAAACUCUGCAACAGAAAGUAUUUACUACACUGCAACUCAUAAACAUUACCAAGACCCCUGGAUUGGAAAAAUAGAAAAACAGUAUCUUGGAAGGUGGCUGGAUGACUUCUUCUACCUGGUGCUUGGGAGCAUCCCAUGGCAAACUUUCUUCCAAAGAGUGCUCUCUGCUGCCUCACCCAGCCAAGCAAGGUUCAUCUCCUACCUCUCUGGACUAGGAUGCUUUUUAAUGGCCAUCCCCCCCGUGCUCAUUGGUGCAGUUGCAGCAUCAACAGAUUGGAACCAGACAAGCUAUGGUCUUCCAAGUCCACUCGAGAGAGGAGAAUCCGCUAUGAUAUUGCCAUUUGUUUUACACUACCUCUGCCCAGCAUACAUCUCCAUUGCUGGCUUGGGAGCCAUUGCUGCUGCUGCAAUGUCUUCUGCAGACUCAGCUCUUCUCUCUGCUGGCUCCAUGUUUGCUCACAACAUCUACAGAAAAAUCUUGAGGAAAAAGGCUGCAGACAGGGAGGUCUUAUGGGCCAUGAGGACCUCCAUGCUGGUGUUUGGGGCUGGGGCUGCCAGUCUGGCUUUUUACUCCAACUCUGUCUACGACCUGUGGUUCCUCAGCGGGGAGCUGGUGUACGCCCUGCUUUUCCCACAGCUGUGUUGUGCCCUCUUUGCUCCCAGUAGCAACACGUAUGGUUCAGCUGCUGGUUUCUUGGUUGGACUCCUCCUGAGGCUGCUGGCAGGGGAACCUGCCCUGAAAAUCCCCCCCAUCAUCUGCUAUCCAGUCUGCUCCUUCCUGGAUGGGUCCUACACGCAGCUCUUCCCCUAUAAGACAUUCACCAUGCUUUUCACUUUGGGGACGAUCAUUGCUGUUUCAUAUUUGGCUACACUUUUGUUUCAGAGAAACCUUCUUCCCCGCAGAUGGGAUGUUUGCAAUGUCCUGGGGGAAACCAGCACUCACACCCCUCUGUGUCAGAUGGACAAACAGAUGGGUUUGCAAACAGUGCCAUUGGAAGAGAAUUGUGAUUAAAUGCGGGACCUUGAAAGGACAUGGUGCAUUCAGCAAUUAGAGCUUGGCACUGCUCUUCCCUUUGCUUUCUCUAGUAACAAAUUAUUUAAAGUUCUCACGAAGUAAUAAAGACACACUCCAUUCAUGCAAGGAAAAUGAGUGAGCUCAGAGUCUGCCAUGAUUAAAGGCACACAGUGAUGGGGCAUGAUCUUGUGGUAGUGAGCAAGGGGCACCCUGGGCCCAAGUGUUUGCUUUAGGG